ACAGCCAUGUUUUGUGUGUAGCACAGAGGGAGGUUGUGGUAGGUUUUAGAUGCUUCCUCAAAUACAGCUUUGGAAAUGCUUGCUUGAAUUCUGUUUUCAGGGCAGCUUUUGACAACAGACAUCUGCCGACCUUUGGGCUCAGCACAGCUCGAGCACAAUAGCUCGUGUGCUUCCUUCCUUCUUGACUGAGGGGGAAAAAUACUACGGCUUGUUUGGAGUCUUGUCACUGCUCAGUAGCGACAGGAUAAUGGCUACUUCCUGAUUAAACUGCUCUCCACAAGGUGAAACUGAGGCUUUUCAGAAGCUUUUGGACUGAUGCUGAGAACUUGGACUCCACUCCUUGCCAGCGGUAGCUCUGAGAAGUGGUGGUGCGCCCUGCGCUUCCAGGAGUCUCCAGGAUAUGGAGUCUGGAGAGCGGUUAACAUCAUCAUCAGUCUCCUCAAGUGCAGCUGUUUCAUCUCCAGUGGCUUCUACACCUUCUGUAGCUUCUGCAGUUUCCAAGAGUAGCCUUACCACUGGAGCUGCGUCGUUGAUUUCCACAGUCAACACCAGUGAAUGGUGGCGGACAGCGGACUCUCACUCUCGCUCUGGGGCAGCUUUUUUCCCACCGCUCUUGGGCAUCUCACCACUCUUUGCACCUCCUGCCCAGAACCAUGAUUCUAUUCCGUUCCACCCAAGAACUACAGGAAAAAAUAAUCGUGGCAGUUUAGAAAAAGGUAUAAAUGGAUCGCUGAAUGGGAGCAGUACUACUGCAGCGUCUGCUAUCAGCACAUCUGUACUAUCCACUAGUAUUGCAACAUCUGCAGGACAAGGAAAAGCUAUAACCUCAGGAGCAGGAGGCCGCAAAUACAACCAGGAGCAAAGCAAAGUUCAGCUUUUGGACACCAGAGCUGACAAAAUCAAAGAUAAGAAACCCAGAAAAAAAGCAGUAGAAAGCUCCAGUGACAGUGACUCAGGCUCCUCAUCAGACACAUCAAGUGAAGGCAUAAGCAGCAGUGAUUCCGAUGACCUAGAGGAAGAUGAAGAGGAGGAGGAGGACCAGAGUGCUGAAGAGAGUGAAGAUGAUGACUCUGAUUCUGAAAAUGAAGCACACUGCGAAAACAAGAACAAGGUGCUAAUGCAUAGUGGUGUAAAAGAUAUGAAAACUGAUGGGCAGAAAGCCCAUGAAAAGUCCCAAGAAAAAAGAACGCACCAGCAGAUACCUCUUGUGUCUGAUUCCCAGACUCAUUCAUCAUUCCAGCCCCAGCAGAAGCAGCCUCAGGUUUUGUCACAGCAACUUCCGUUUAUUUUCCAAAGCUCUCAGGCGAAGGAGGAACCUGUGAACAAACACACAAGUGUAAUACAGUCUACAGGAUUGGUUCCCAAUGUGAAACCUUUGUCUUUGGUACAUCAAGCCAAAAAGGAAGCCUAUUUAAAAAUCAUAGUUCCUCCUCCUGACCUACUCAAAGCAGGGAAUAAGAAUACCUCUGACGAAUCCAUCGCUUUGGUCAGUGACGUACGAUCGAAACGAGAACAAUAUAAACAGACAUUCCCAGCAGUGCAGCUAAAGAAACAGGAAUCAAAGAACCUGAAGAAGGUUAUUGCAUCUUUGUCAAGCUCAAAACCAACAUCUAGUUCACCAGCUCAUCAAAAACUCACAUCUUUGGAAAACAAUCAUUCUAAUCCAUUCCUGACAAAUGCACUUUUAGGUAAUCACCAACCCAAUGGAGUUAUUCAGAGCGUCAUCCAGGAAGUUCCUCUUGCACUUACUGCAAAACAGAAAUCCCAAACCAAGAUCAAUGAAAGUGUAGCCAUUGCUAGCAGUACCCCCUUUUCUUUGCCAGUGAACUUGAGUGCAUGUGGGAAAAAAACAACUGGUAACCGGACACUUGUUGUGCCCUCUACCUCUCCUGUGUUACCUGGUUCAGGAAAGGAUAAACCAGUCAGCAAUAAUGCAGUAAAUGCUGUAAAAACACAACACCGCCUUCCGUCUGCAAAACUGGUGGUGGAGCAGUUCAGAGGGGUAGACUCAGAUGCCCCCAGCAGUAAAGAAUCUGACGACUCAAAUGAUGAUGAUGACGACGAUGAAGAUGAAGAUGAGGAUGAUGAAGAUGAUGAUUCUGAUGAUAGCCAAUCAGGGGAAGGCAAUGUUGAGGCAGCAUGGCCCACCCAGUGUCUUACAGAUAGCAUGGAAGAGUCCGACAGUAAUUCUGAGUCAGAUACAGAUGGGUCUGAAGAUGAAGAUGAUGAGGAUGAUAAGGAUCAAGAUGAAUCAGAUACAGAUACUGAGGGAGAAAAAACUCCGCUAAAAGUGAAGAAAACUGGUUCCUCCAUGAAGAGCUCUUCCAUUGGUCCUGCAGCUCAUUCCACUCCACUAAAUCUCCAAGUAGCAAAGACCCCAAGCUCUGCACCAUCUGCCUUGUGUCCUGAGACCCAGCCUGCAGUUUUUCUUGGGACAUCACCAUCUACUCUUACACCAAGUUCACACUGUGGCACUUCAAAGAGACGAAGAGUAACAGAUGAGCGGGAGCUGCGUGUUCCUCUGGAAUAUGGCUGGCAAAGAGAAACCCGAAUAAGAAACUUUGGUGGUCGUCUUCAGGGAGAAGUAGCGUAUUUUGCACCUUGUGGAAAGAAGCUGAGACAGUAUCCUGAAGUAGUAAAGUAUCUCAGCAGAAAUGGAAUAAUGGAUAUCUCAAGGGACAAUUUCAGCUUCAGUGCAAAAAUAGGAGUGGGUGACUUCUAUGAAGCCAGAGAUGGACCGCAGGGCGUGCAGUGGUGUCUUCUGAAGGAGGAGGAAGUCAUUCCCUGCAUCAGAGCUAUGGAAGGGCGUAGAGGACGUCCACCAAAUCCAGACAGACAGCAUUCUAGAGAGGAAUCAAGAAUGAGACGUCGUAAAGGCCGACCUCCAAACGUUGGAAGCACUGAAUUUCUAGACAGCACUGAUGCGAAACUUCUGAGAAAGCUACAAGCGCAAGAAAUAGCAAGACAAGCAGCACAAAUAAAGCUACUAAGAAAACUCCAGAAGCAAGAACAAGCUCGAGCUGCCAAAGAAGCAAAAAAACAGCAAGCUAUUAUGGCAGCUGAAGAAAAGCGAAAGCAAAAAGAGCAGAUAAAGAUAAUGAAGCAGCAGGAAAAGAUUAAGCGUAUCCAGCAAAUCAGAAUGGAGAAAGAACUUCGAGCUCAACAAAUUUUAGAGGCAAAAAAGAAGAAGAAAGAAGAAGCAGCAAAUGCUAAAUUACUGGAGGCUGAAAAACGAAUAAAGGAAAAAGAGAUGCGAAGGCAACAAGCUGUUCUUCUCAAGCACCAGGAGUUGGAGAGGCAUAGACUAGAUAUGGUAUGGGAACGAGAGAGGAGAAGACAACAUAUGAUGCUUAUGAAAGCCAUGGAAGCACGUAAAAAAGCAGAAGAAAAAGAGCGAUUAAAGCAAGAGAAACGUGACGAAAAAAGGUUAAAUAAAGAACGUAAACUAGAACAGCGAAGACUGGAAUUAGAAAUGGCAAAGGAGCUAAAGAAGCCUAAUGAAGAUAUGUGCUUAGCAGACCAGAAGCCUUUACCGGAGCUGCCUCGCAUCCCAGGCCUUGUUCUGUCUGGAAGCACGUUUUCAGAUUGUCUCAUGAUAGUGCAGUUCUUGCGUAACUUUGGUAAAGUUCUUGGCUUUGAUGUGAAUACGGACGUGCCUUCCCUGAGCACUCUUCAGGAGGGUUUGCUGAACAUAGGAGACAGCAGAGGAGAAGUACAGGACUUGCUUGUAAAGCUUGUUUCUGCAGCUGUUUGUGAUCCAGGACUUGUUACAGGAUACAAGGCUAAAACUAUUCUUGGGGAGCACUUACUGAAUGUUGGCAUCAAUCGAGAUAACGUGUCUGAGAUUUUGCAGAUAUUUAUGGAGGCUCAUUGUGGGCAAACUGAGCUUACAGAGAGCUUGAAGACAAAAGCUUUUCAGGCACAUGCUCCAGCUCAGAAAGCAGCAGUGCUGGCUUUCCUUGUCAAUGAGUUAGCUUGCAGCAAAAGUGUAGUCAGUGAAAUUGAUAAAAAUAUUGAUUAUAUGUCGAACUUAAGGAGAGAUAAAUGGAUGGUUGAAGGCAAACUUCGGAAUCUUAGAAUCAUUCAUGCAAAAAAAACUGGCAAAAGAGAUGCUACAGGAGGUGGUGAAGUAGGAGAGGAGCCGCAUUCUUUGGAAACGCCAACAUCAGGCCGCAAACGGAGACGAAAGGGUGGGGAUAGUGAUUAUGAUGAAGAUGACGACGAUGACAGCGAUGACCAGGCAGAUGAGGAUGAUGAGGAUGAAGAGGACAAAGAAGAUAAAAAAGGAAAGAAAGCAGAAGUUUGUGAGGAUGAGGAUGAUGGAGACCAGACAGCAAGUGUUGAAGAACUAGAGAAGCAGAUUGAAAAACUGACCAAGCAACAAAGCCAGUACAGGAAGAAGUUAUUUGAAGCCUCACAUUGUUUGCGUUCAAUGAUGUUUGGCCAAGAUCGUUACAGGCGCCGGUACUGGAUUCUGCCCCAGUGUGGUGGCAUUUUUGUAGAAGGCAUGGAAAGUGGCGAAGGUCUAGAAGAAAUUGCAAAAGAAAAAGAGAAGUUAAAAAAAGUGGAAAGCGUACAUGUUAAAGAAGAGGUUCUUGAGAUCUCAGAAGAAAAAAUAAGCUGUUUAAAUACAACUCACUGUGAGCAAAAGGAAGAUCUGAAAGAAAAGGACAACACUAAUUUGUUUUUGCAAAAGCCUGGGUCAUUUUCAAAACUAAGCAAACUGUUAGAGGUUGCGAAAAUGCCACAUGAGUCUGAUGUCAUGCCCCAAAAACCUAAUGGUGGUGCAGCAAAUGGAUGCACUCCAUCUUAUCAAAAUACCUCCCAAAACUCUCUGUGCAGUCUUCAACCCAGCGUAUCACAAAGCAACAGCGAGAAGUCUGAUUCUAAUAAUCUUUUCAGUCCUAUUGCAAGCGGGACAGGAAAGUUUUAUAGUUCUCCAGUAAUUCCAAGUGAUCAGUUGUUAAAGACUCUUACUGAGAAGAACAGGCAGUGGUUCAGCCUUUUGCCGAGAGUACCCUGUGAUGACAUGUCAGUUACCCAUGCAGAUGCACCAGCUACUGCAACUUCACUUACUCCUCAGUCACAUCCACCAUCAAAAUCACCUUCACCUGUUCCAUCACCUCUUCUGGGUUCAACCUCUGCACAGAGUCCAAUGGGAUUAAGUCCUUUUGCAUUGCCACCACUGCAGCAGAUGAAGCCUGGACUACCUGUCAUGGGACUUCAGUUUUGUGGAUGGCCUACAGGAGUUCUUACUUCAAAUGUUCAAUUUUCAUCUCCUUUACCUACUAUUGGAUCAGGGUUGGGAUUAUCAGAAGGGAAUGGUAACUCAUUCUUGACAUCUAGUGUUCCUACAAGUAAAAGUGAAUCACCAGCACUGCAGACUGAGAAAAUAGCUUCUGCCACCUGUACAGCAGUGGAAGUGGCCAAGCCAGCAGAUCACUCAAACCCAAAACCUAUACCAGAAGAAAUGCAGUAUGGGUGGUGGAGGAUUACUGAUCCUGAGGACCUAAAAUCUUUGCAUAAAGUGCUGAAUCUCAGGGGAAUAAGAGAAAAGGCAUUACAAAAACAAAUACAGAAACACAUGGACUAUAUCACUCUGGCCUGCAUCAAAAAUAAGGAUGUUGCAAUUAUUGAUAUCAAUGAAAACGAAGAUAACCAGGUAACUCAAGAUGUUGUGGAAAACUGGUCAGUAGAAGAGCAAGAAAUGGAGGUGGACCUUGCUAUUCUUCAGCAGGUGGAAGAUCUAGAGAGGAGAGUUGCUUCAGCUAGUUUGCAAGUUAAGGGCUGGCUGUGUCCUGAACCUGCAUCAGAAAGAGAAGACUUGGUAUAUCAUGAACAUAAGUCAAUUAUUAGAUUGCACAAGAAGCACGAUGGAGAUAGUGCUGGAGGCGGAGAAGGCAGUACCAGCUCUCUAGAGCGGAAGAGUGACAACCCUCUAGAUAUAGCUGUAACCAGACUUGCUGACUUGGAGCGGAACAUAGAGCGAAGGUAUCUGAAGAGCCCCUUAAGUACCACCAUUCAGAUCAAACUGGAUAAUGUGGGCACAGUUACUGUCCCUGCUCCUGCACCAUCCAUUAGUGGUGAUGGUGACGGAACUGAAGAGGAUAUUGCUCCAGGGCUAAGGGUAUGGAGAAAGGCAUUGUCAGAAGCACGAAGUGCUGCACAGGUGGCUCUGUGCAUUCAGCAAUUACAGAAAUCAAUAGCAUGGGAGAAAUCUAUUAUGAAAGUUUACUGCCAAAUAUGUCGAAAGGGAGAUAAUGAGGAACUGCUGCUGCUUUGUGAUGGUUGCGAUAAAGGCUGUCAUACCUACUGCCACAGACCCAAGAUUACUACCAUACCAGAUGGUGACUGGUUUUGUCCUGCCUGCAUAGCAAAGGCAAGUGGUCAAACUCUAAAAUUAAAAAAACUUCAAAUCAAAGGAAAAAAAAGUAAUGAACAAAAGAGAGGCAGGAAAUUACCAGGAGAUACAGAAGAUGAAGACUCGGCGACUACUAGCACCUCAUUAAAAAGAGGGAAAACAGACCCUAAGAAAAGGAAAAUGGAUGAAAGUGUUUCUGUAAGCCAGGGAAAGCAAGAAAAUUUCACUGCUAUAAAGAAACCUAAAAGAGAUGACUCCAAGGACCUGGCUAUGUGCAGCAUGAUUCUCUCAGAAUUGGAAACUCAUGAAGAUGCUUGGCCUUUCUUACUUCCUGUAAACUUGAAACUUGUUCCUGGUUAUAAGAAAGUUAUUAAGAAGCCAAUGGACUUUUCCACCAUUAGAGACAAGCUAACCAGUGGACAGUACCCUAAUGUUGAAGCAUUCUCGCUAGAUGUCAGGCUUGUUUUUGACAACUGUGAAACCUUUAAUGAAGAUGAUUCUGACAUAGGCAGGGCUGGCCACAACAUGAGGAAAUACUUUGAAAAAAGAUGGACAGAGAUUUUCAAAUUGAGCUGAAGUUGCCAGAACUCAUUUUUCCCCUUAAAUGAGGACUGAUGAGACCAGCAAUGUGAACGUGAAAGUGCAAGGCUCCUGCGUAACUCAUGACUGUUCUUCCUUAGAAGUAUCACAAAGAAGUGAUAAUAGUUCUAAAGGCUUCACUCCUACAGCAACCAUGACCCCUUGGUUCUUGGUUUGUAUGUUUUAACAAACUAAUUUAGGUAGAACAGGGAAGCACACCCAAAGAAUUUCAAAGAAAGGGGUGUUUUAGUGCAAUAGCAAUUUAAAAUAUAUCAAAUCGCACUGAAUAUUCAACCACCAGAGCUCUACUCGGGAAAAUGGUUCUUUUUCCCUUCCAAUAAAUAUCUAUUUUUCAUUUUUUUACUUUGUAGUUUAUUUUUUAGUGAAUGUAUUUAAUUUUAUGAAUUAUUUAUGAUUAUACAGCAUCCAGAAUCUUCGUUUUCUGUGAAAAGGAAGAACUAGAAAAUUGCUUUAAAUCUUGAAAAUACAACAAGGAAUGUUUUAAAAUGUAAAACAAAGCCAAGUAAAACUGUUUACACUGAUGUGCUGUGAAAGCACUAAAAAUAAACUUUACUGUAGAGUUACAAGUACAUUUAUAUAUAUGUUGCUGCAUCACUUGUGUAGUUAAAUUGUAUUUCAAGACAGUGAAGAAAAAUUGAGACAUGUACAUACUGUUCAUUAUUGUUUAUAUUAAGUCUUGUUUUAAAUAUGUAUGAUGUGUACAUAUUGUUUGCAGAUAUUAUUGUUUAUGCCUUAGGAGGACCCGUAGCAUUUUAUUUUAGUCUUAAGGUAAUUAUAGCUGUAUGGCUUGUACAGUAAUUAUCCUCUACCAACACUGUGGAGUCUCCUUAAUCUUGGUAGUGCCUGCCUUUAAAAACAGGGUGUAGGGGAUAUAUUAGUUUUCCAUUUUUCUAUUUUGUUACAUGAUUUCAAGCCACCGCAGCCUCAAUUUCAAUAAUCAUUUGUAUCCACCCGGAAUAAAAUGGUGACAAUUUCCUAGCACACACAGUAUUUUUUCAUAGAGACAUUUUCCUCCAUUUGCCUUGCCACAGAAAUAACAAAAACAAAAAAACAACAAAAACAAACAAAAAAAAGACAUUUGUAACCACUGUGUUUUAUCUACUGUGUGUUGUGGUGGCCUGUUGGGGCAGAUAGAGGGGGAGGUUUGGGGGGGGGGGUUAUUUUUACUUCAUGAUUUUUUUGUACUAAUGUAAGAGUACUUGAAGCUUUAUUUAAAGGAAAUGUUGGAAAGGUAGCAUUCUUUUUCUUUUUUCUUCUUCUUUUUGGUUGUUUCUUUUUUUUGUUUGUUUGUUUGUUGUGGGGUUUUUUGUUUUUUUGGAUUUAUUUUUUUUUAGGAGUGUUAUUUUUCACUAGUAUGUGUGGCACGGAUACAAUAAAAGAUUGUUUUGCAAACCA